GCUCAACAGUCACUGGCUUCUCUCGGUACUUCUCUUCUUCACCCUCAUCACCCCUCUGUUAGUCGGGCUCUCUCUGCCCUGUCAGCUUCCGCAACUAUCGCCCCGACUGUCCAAAUGGAUUUGAUAAUCUCUGCGGUUUUACUUUACCUCCAUAUAGUCACAGUGAAAUGUAACCCCGGGCCGUUAGUGGACGUUGUUAUCGACCGGUACGACAUACCGAGAGUUUGUCCUCGCGAGGUGAAAACAGAGGAUUUUGUCCGUUAUCAUUUUAACGGUUCCUUCUAUGCAGACGGGAAAAAGUUUGACUCCAGUCAUGACCGAGGCAAAGCCUUCAUCAGCCAGGUCGGCCUGGGGAGACUCAUCACAGGGAUGGACCGUGGUCUUCAGGGCAUGUGUGUCAAUGAACUCAGGAGGAUCACCAUCCCUCCACACCUGGCUUAUGGGAGCAUAGGAACAGGUGGUGUAAUUCCUCCUGACGCUGUGUUGGUGUAUGAAGUUCUCCUGCUGGACAUAUGGAACACUGAGGACAAGGUUGAGAUCCGCACACUUGGCAAACCAGCAAGCUGCAACCGCACCACUGUGGCAUCAGAUUUUGUGCGUUACCACUAUAACGGCACCCUGCUGUCUGGCGCAGCCUUCGACUCCAGUUACACGAGGAAUGCGACCUAUGACACCUACUUGGGUAAAGGCGACCUCAUCAAAGGCAUGGAGGAGGGUCUGUUGGGCAUGUGUGUUGGGGAGAGAAGGGUCAUCAUCGUCCCACCCUUCCUGGCAUAUGGAGAGACCGGCCAUGGAACUAAGAUCCCUCCCCAGGCUACGCUGGUGUUUGAGGUGCUGCUGGUUGACGUAUUCAACCCAAAGGAUGAUCUGAUUGUGGAGGUGAAGGAGGUGCCUAAAGGCUGCGACCGCAGGACUGUGACUGGAGAUUACAUCCGCUACCACUACAACGGUACCUUCCAGGAUGGAACCGCUUUUGAUUCCAGCUACAAGCGAAACAGCACCUAUAACACUUAUAUUGGCAUGGGAUAUGUGAUCAAAGGGAUGGAUAAGGCUCUGCAUGGGCUGUGCAUUGGAGAGAAGAGAAAGAUAACCAUCCCUCCACACAUGGCGUAUGGUGAAGAUGGAGUCGGAGACUUCAUCCCUGGCUCUGCUGUGCUAGUCUUUGACAUCCAUGUCAUAGAUUUCCACAACCCCAAAGACUCAGUUGACAUUAAAGUUACCCACAAGCCUCAGGAAUGCAAAGUGACCAGUGAAGCUGACGAUUUAAUCCAGUAUCGUUAUAACUGCUCCUUGAUGGACGGCACCCUGCUGUACUCCUCGGACCAGUACGACUCACCUUCCAUCACGACUCUCGGAGCGAACAAGGUGAUCUCAGGUCUGGAGGAAGGUUUGAGUGGUAUGUGUGUUGGCGAGAAGAGAGAGGUAAUCAUUCCACCACACUGGGGACAUGGUGAAAAUGGAGCUGGAGGAGUUCCCAGGAGUGCGGUGCUCUUCUUUGAGCUGGAGUUAGUGAAGCUGCAGAAGGGUGUGCCAGAAGGCUAUAUGUUUGUGUGGCUGGGAGAUGGUCCUGAUCCCCUUUUUCCUGCUAUGGAUCUUAAUGGUGACAAGGAGGUACCUCUAGAGGAGUUUUCAGCCUUCAUCAAGCUCCAAGUGCAAGAGGGUAAAGGUCGCCUUCGGCCAGGGGUCGAUGCCGACAGCAUCAUUAAGGACAUGUUCAACAACCAGGAUCCCAAUAAAGAUGGGAAGAUUGUAGAAUAUGAACUGAAAGUUACGGUAGAAGAUGAGUCUGAAAAAGUACGAAGAGACGAGCUGUAAAGGGGACAUACAGUAUUUCAUUUGUGGUAAGAAACAAGCAUACAGUGGCAGUGGUUUUGCCGUCAUUUUAGCAGCUGUCAUGCAACUAUUUUGAAGAUGUUUCAGAGACUGAAACGUUAAGUCUUCUUAAGACAGAGAGUUCCCUUUCCUAGAAUCUAUUAAAAUAUGUUGUACGCAGGAAAUAGGUGUUUGAAAAUGUGAAAGGGAAGAAAAAUGGUCUGUGGGGAAAUUGGGUUCUUUUGGAAAAGGCACAUUUGAGUCAAAUAUUUACAUUGUGCUACCUAAGAAAGCAUUUGGGCUGGGUCCUUUCUCCAGAAUAUUACUAAAUAUGAUUAGUAGUCAUUGCAGUGCCUCGUAUAAAAAGGAUGAAAACUCACUGGUUGUACAGUAUAUUUGGGGGUGGUUAGUUUGUACAAUACUAGAAAAUCUAUUAUAGAUAAUUCUAUUACAAAGUGUGCUGUGGAAACAUGAAAUAAACUGUUUUAUAGUAAAAUGAAGACGACACCGACUUUAUUUCUUCCACACUGUCCGUGUGCAGACAUGUACCUGUGAAUUAGUUUCAUACACUUCAAUUCAGUGGCCUAAAUUUAAAUGAUAAAAAAUUAAACAUAUGAAGAGGUAAAAAGUCUGGAUUAAUGAAGAGAAAAAUGCAUGACAGACUGUAUGUGACACUUUGUCCACAAAUGACAGAAAGUAAGAACCUGCUUAAAACACAGUUAAAAUGGCUAUGAAGGUGAAAUCCCAUAUGCCUGAUUCUAAUUUAAAUUCCCUAAAAUUUGGCACAAACGUCAACUUGGACUCAAGGAUCAUUAUUGUAGUCUGCCUUGAAUGCAAUACCUCAGGAACAUUUUGAAGGGUUUCAUAACUUUGGCACAAACAUCCAUUUGGAAUUAAAAUUAACCAAUUGGAAUUUGUUGGUCAAAGAUCAAAGGUCACUGUGACCUCACUAAACAUGCUUUUGGCCACAACUCAAGAAUUCAUACACUAAUUAUAGCAAAAUUCCACACAAAUGUCUAGUAGGAUAUAAUGACCUUUUAGGAUACAAAAUGCCAUCACUUCACCAAAGGUCAACUUCACAGAGACACUAAUGUUCUGCAAAAACACUUUUUGGCUGUUACUCAUCACAUAACUCAGGAACAGAAGAGAAGACAUUUGUCAGACACUGAACUGGUGACUGUGAUCCUGGGUACCCAUCUUGGAUUUGUGUUGAUUGUACAGAUCCUCUGAGCUGCUGGGGGGAAGAUGUGUGUGAAGCAUCCAUGUUAUCACAAACAUGGAUGUAAACUAUGAGUGGAACUUGAGUGGUUCGUGGAGGCAACAACCUCUAGGAUUUCUUUAAAUGGCAUUUUUAUGACAUGCAGUCCUAUGACUUUUUUUGUACAUUUUAAUGACAUACUAUACUAUGACAUUUUUAUGACAUACUGCACUAUGACAUUUUAUGACAAACUGUACUGAUAUUUUUAUGAAAUAUUGUACUAUGAUAUUUUUAUGACAUACUGCACUAUGACAUUUUAUGACAAACUGUACUGAUAUUUUUAUGAAAUAUUGUACUAUGAUAUUUUUAUGACAUACUGCACUAUGACAUUUUAUGACAAACUGUACUGAUAUUUUUAUGAAAUAUUGUACUGUGACAUUUUUAUGACAUAC